UAUAUACUUUUAUAGUAUUAUACUACUUUAUUAAAAAUUGUAUCAUUUAAGUACCUGUUUCAUUUUGAUUCUAAUUAAUUAUUAACUCGAAAAUAAAAUUGACAUAGAUCAAAAAAAGUGACGAGUACAACAGUAUCUAUACUUUUAAUAGAUAUACUUGAAUUAAUAUUUAUUUUAAAAAUGCUGAACCUAUCCAGACGUUCAAUUGUAAAAAUGAUGUCGGACCUAGAGGAAAUUACUGAAAAGUUGUCCCAAUGGACCGAUUGCAAAGGAGCAAUAGUGUAUGGCGCUGAUGGAAAUUUUUGUUCUGGGGGAGAUUUGAGUAUGGCAAAAAAAAUUAAUAACCCAUUAUCUGGAUACGCUAUGAACAUUUACAUUGGUCAUGUUAUUAAUAAAUUCAAAAGGCUACCCAUUAUUACAGUUGCAUACAUUGAAGGGGCAGGUGCGAUUGGUGGAGGGGCGGAAUUAACGACGGUGUGUGACUACAGGCUAAUGUGCAACGCUGUCGAUACCACGGCAAUAGGGUUCGUUCACUCGAAAAUGGGCAUAGUGCCCGCGGGGGGUUCCACCGGCAUGCUUGUGUCGAUCGUGGGCGCCCGGAAGACGUUGGACCUGUUGCUGGAGUCCCGGAUGCUGAGGGCCGCUGAGGCUAUGGACUUGGGUCUGAUUGACGGCACAGUGGCUACGAUGGCGGACGCCGAAGCGUGGCUGUCCCACAAGAUCAAGACGGACGUGAACGUGAUCCGGGCCAUCAAGAGUACGGUGAUGUGCUACGACGAUUCGCCGGAGACCGUGCGAAUGAUGGAGAGCAGGAUAUUCGCGCCGCUCUGGGGCGGAACAGCCCACAAUGCUGCACUCGAACAACACUUGAAGCACAAUAAAUGAAUCCCGGCGGGAUGGAGGACUCGACUUCAUUCAAAGACUAGUCUAAUAUUCCAUGGAAUAUUUAGGUAUUUACGUAUUUCAUCAUACGCGUCAAAAACCCGAUGAAAGUAUAUUUACGAUCGUGUUUAAAGCUAAAACGCGUAUAGUUAAUACUAAAUUAGGAACUUACCUUCACUCCUUAAAAUCUCGGACCGUCAUUAGAUUAUAAUUAUAUUAUUAUAUUAAUUAUUGUAUAUUGUAUUAUUUAUUAAGACGUUUGAAUUUAAAAUGAAUAGGUACUUAAACGGUAGAUAUCGAAUUUAGAUUUUUUGUUGUUAUUUGUAAUAAAAAUAAAACGGGGCAAACGAUUUUAUCUCAACACUAAUAAAAAUACAUCAUGAAUUGUAUAAUGAUUUUUAUCUUUUGUGAAAUAUUUAUAUAUGAUAAAAGCCUUUUUUUGUAGGGGUUAAUAAUGUCAUAUUGUGCAAUUUACGCCUAUAAACGACAUGUCUCAUGCUAAUUGCUAACAACUGUGCGUUAUUUAACGCUCAUUACACAUAAAUAGGUGUUUUAUAACAAUUGUACUUCAUUUUAAUAAUAACAAUUAACAAUAAUUCAAUUUAAAACCGGAAAAAUAUUUUUUGUCACGCCUGCACCGAAAGUUUGGUUUUCGACCACGGUUGAAGCGUUCGAAAGCGUCCUUUUUCCGUCCAGCAGGCGGUAAAGUGGAAAUCCCCAAAGUGCCGGGCGGAAAAGAGGAAAUCCCCAAAAGUGCCGGCCGCCGGGCGCGUAGGUAUCCCCUGCACAACCAGAAACUAAAAUGUACCUACACCUACCACGGUUCUUACAAAACAUAAUUUUGCCUACGGCUAACAUUGCCUACGGCUCGUGCCGCACACAACGCCCGCGACUGAAAUGGCUCACUUCCCGCCCUUGUCACACAAUAUACUAUUUUUCUCCUACAAGAUUUUCUUUUACACACAAUACGCACAUAUUGAAUAUGAUAAUAUGGAAGUAAUAUGAUUAUCUAGUAAAAACAGAACAAAGUGUCUCAUUCGAAGUUGUCGGGAUAGGGGGAAACUAUGCUAAAAAUAAAAUAACAAUUCCACUAUCAACGAGAUGAUUUAUAGAAA